CUAUGCCUUUAUGAUAAGUGUAUAUCGUGCCGUUUUUGGUUUUCAUUGCGUUACAGUGAAUAAGUGGAUGCCUAAUACAUGUAUCUUCAAACCACAAAAUGUCGAAUUGUCAAAGUGAUUUUAUACUCACUGAUUCUGUAAUUGACAACGAAACGCUGAUUGAUCUAAAUUUGAAAAAGAAAAGAGAAAUGCAAGGAGAUGUAAACAACACUGUUUUGACGACGCCGGUAUACAAAAGGAGAUGGAUCAUCAUAUCGCUAUACUGUCUUUACGCUAUGAGUACUGCAUAUCAAUGGAUUCAUCUGGUCAUUAUUAGCAACAUUAUCGUUAAGUAUUACAAUGAAAGUCUUCCAGACGACAAGUUUCAGAGAGAGACAGCUUUGGACAGUUUAACAAUGAUAUACAUGGUAGUCUACAUCCCGUUAGUGUUUCCAGCAACGUUCUUGUUGAAGAAAAAGGGAAUAAGGGUCUGUCUCCUGACCAGUGCUUUUCUGAAUGCUCUUGGAGCGUGGUUAAAAGUUAUCAGUGUCUCUCCAGACAGAUUUGCAGCUCUUAUGUUUUCUCAGACCGCUUGCGCCGUUGCACAAGUCUUUAUGCUUGGACUUCCCGCUAAAAUUGCCGCGGUGUGGUUUGGUGCUAAUGAAGUUUCUACAGCGACUUCCUUAGGGACAUUUGGAAUCCAGAUAGGUUUGGCCGUUGGAUUUUUUGUUCCACCUAAUAUUGUCCGGAAUAGCAAUUCAACUAUGGACAUUGGCAAGGACCUGAGUUUAUUGUUUUAUGGAAGAGCCGGCUAUAUGACCCUUAUAUUUAUUCUUAUUGUCAUUUUCUUUAAAGAGAGACCAACUACACCCCCUAGUCAAGCCCAGAUGUUAGCUGCCCAGGAUUUUCAAAAGGAGAACUAUGGAAAAACACUACAAAACAUCUUCAAGAACGUCAGUUUUAACAUUCUAUUAUUUACAUUUGGAGUAAAUAUUGGUUGUUAUUCCGCAUUAUCAACUUUGCUUAAUCCAAUUAUCUCAGAGUAUUUUCCGCAACAUGAAACAACCGCAGGUCAGAUUGGUUUAACCAUGAUAUUGUCAGGGGUGCCAGGGUCCAUCAUGGCGGGAAUCUGGUUGGACAAAACUAAGACCUACAAGGGCACUGCGCUUGGAAUUAAUGUUCUCUGUCUGACUGGAAUUUUGAUCUUCAACUUUGCCCUACACCAUAAACUCCUGUGGGUUGUAUACCUCUGUGCAGGGAUUUAUGGAUUUUUUAUUGCUGGAUAUUUUCCUGUUGCUUUUGAAUUUGCCACUGAGAUAACCUAUCCAGUAUCAGGGGGAAUAUCGUCUGGUUUACUGUUUGCAUCUUCUCAGUUAUUCGGGAUCGUCUUUAUCAUUGGAUGUCGUGCCAUGAUGAAUAAAGUGGGAACAUUAGGUUUGAAUCUUCUGAUACCCUGCGCUCUAAUAGUGGCGUCGAUAUUUACAGGAUUCAUACCUGCAAAUUACAGACGACAGAAUGCCGAGAAAAUGAUCUUGGAACAAUUGGACGAUGUCUUUGAAAUGGAAUCAAUGGACCCAGCAUCCGAGGAAUCUCGAAUAUUGAAAAUAAAUAAUUGACGUUACAACACACUGUAGUUAUCAAAUAAUAUUUACAUCCCCUCUACUUCUUACAGAAACUUUAAGUCAAUUCAUAGCUGUAUAGAAACAGCCAGACUGAAAUCUACACGCCCCACUUAUCGAGAGGUUGAAAUAUACAGCGACUGGAACUGACAGAACUGAAAUCGACACCCCUGCUUACCGAUUGGUCGAAACCUACAGCGACCUAAGAAAAAUCACGGACUGCACGAAAUAAUAUUAAUUAUGAUGUCAGACUCAAAGGAGACAAUUUAGCUGUUUCUUUUAUACCUAACGUACCUGGUGUAUAUUAAAGCUUUCAAAAAUUUCAUGUUUUCAAAUAUCUUUGUAAAUACAAAGAUUAAUUAGUUUAAAUAUACCGGUAGAUUAAUAUAGUCUGUAAAGAUUAAAAUAAAUAACCACCCAGCUCUUUUAAUGUCAAAUAUGUUUUGGAUAGAAUAAAUAUCUGUUAAAAGCUACAUAUUCGUGUGUUUUCAUCAACACAAUAAACUGUACUUCAGUAUCAUCUACAAGCAGAUCAAAGAUACUUUAGGUAAAUUAAAUAUCUAAUCUUUUGAAAGUGACAAAGAGCAUUAGAGUUGUUUAGGACUAAUCAAAUUUUUGAACUUGAUAUAUUAUUUUUGUUUAUAUUAAAAUAUUUCAAUAAAUGAGAGGUCAUAGUACUAGAA